GCACAAUGGGUCACGAAGAGGAACUAAGUCCGGAGCAAAUCAAUACAAAGAUAACCCCCUUACGUGGAGCACUCCAGCGAACGUGGUGUGAUUUUUGUGCCACGAGCAGCAUACAUGGAUUGAAAUACAUCCGGGACAGGGACACAAAUCGAAUUGUGCACUUUGUGUGGAUCCUCAUCUCAGUGGUGAUGUUCGCCUGUGCGAUUGUGAUGACGCAAACAUUCUAUGCGGACUACCGGAGCAGUCCGACACGGAUGAAUGUGGAGAGCGAUCAUACGCCAGUGAGUAAAAUCUACUUUCCACCCAUUACCAUCUGCCCGGAGGUGCUGUUCAACAUGGACAAGUCGCGGGCAUUCAUUGAAACACUCAAAUUACCGCAAAGUGUUCAGGUGGCGGAUAUUUUGGGGCAUUUGCACAUCUUCAGUGGUUUCAUGUUGGAUGAUGCACGCUUCGCUCCGGAAGAGAUUGAGCUAAUGGAAUCCGUGCUGCUCACAAAUAAUCUGACAAUGGUUCAGUUUGUCCAUCAACUGCGCUGGGAUUGCAAUGAGAUUCUGCAUCGUUGUCGCUAUCAUGGUGAUAUUAUGGACUGUUCGAGAUUGUUUCAACUGUCCCAGACUUUCUUCGGCCAUUGUUGCUCUUUCAAUUUGCGACAGCACGGUGUCAAUUUCACUGGCCAACAGGCUGCUGGGGGAAUGGAAAAUGGCCUCUCGCUGAUACUGCGCUACAAGGACGAGAACUAUGAUUCCCUCAAAUCCUAUUCGCAUGGCUUCAAGCUGCUCAUCCAGGAGACGGAUGCAUUUCCCAGCGCACACGCCAAUAUUAAAUUUCUCGGUCUCAACACGGAAUCAUUUGCCACGCUUCGAGUUGUGGAGACCUUCUGCUCGGAGGCAGUCAAAGCGUUGUCCAUUGAGGAGCGGAAUUGUGUCUUUGACCACGAAUUUCAACUGCAAUACUUUGCCGACUAUGUUUAUCCCAAUUGUGAGCUCAAUUGUCGAGCUAUGAAUAUGGUUAAACUGUGCAAGUGUCUCACGUAUUUCUUUGAGUUCAAUCGCACCAAAGAUCGCGUUUGCACCUUUCGCGAUAUACCCUGUCUAGUGGACAACUUUCCGGAUAUUAUAACCCGAAAGAAGAAGUCACAGUGCACUUGCCCUUUGUGCUGUGAGCAUUUUGACUACGAUGUUCAGGUCUCGAAUUUUGCUCUAACAUUAAACAUGCCCGUCGUGGAUGCUUUCUACGAUGGCAUUGAGGAUAAAGAUGCCAUUGUUCAUAUAUUUGUCAACUCGCAGGUUUAUCGACGAGUGCGCGUGGAUCUAUUAACAAACAUGGUCACCCUAGUCUCAAAUCUGGGCAGCGCCUUCAGCCUGUUCGUGGGCAUGAGCAUGUUAUCGCUUGUGGAGAUUAUCUAUUAUUUUACGGUGAUAUUGCGCAGAAAUUAUGUACAGGAAUGUCGAGCGAGACAGAAAUUGUUUGCCUCGCAUCGACGUCCAAAUGUUGCCUGGACAGUUGCCGAAAAUAGCCUACCAGCGAAAUCGGUUUUCUACAUCUCGGGUCGUAACUAAUAUGUGUCUUAUUGAUAAGCAAGCCGAACAUCAAAUCAUAAUUUACCAGAUUUAAAUAAAAGCACGAAUA